UCACGUGGCAUAGGUAACGAAUUCGUUCUUAGACGGCGUUCGCAUGUAUAAGUUUAGUCGAAAGACAAAUUUUGAGGAGUGAGCUUCAAAAUACUUUGUUGUUGUUUUUAAGAAUACGUGUCCGUCAAAAGUCAGGAAUCGCACGGAGGUUAGCAUAAUAGAAUUAUUUCGGGGCUAUCAAGUAGUAUUGUUAAAAUCCACGAUGCAGAAACUGAUACUCUUUAUCACGGUCAUUGUAUUUCUUAUAGCGGGAGUACACACAGGAUCUUCCUCGAGCUCAUCCUCGGAAUCUUCCUCGAGCUCUUCCUCGGAUUCUACGGACAUUGAUGUUUGUGAUCAGAACCCGUGCCAGAACGGCGGCAGGUGCUUUGGAGUAUACGAUGGUUACACGUGCACGUGUCCGUCUGGAUAUACUGGAGACACCUGUCAAACACUACAAAAUCCAUGUCGCCGCAACCCUUGCCAAAACGGCGGCACAUGCUCUUCUGUCGGGACGGCAUACGCUUGUAGAUGUCCACGUCUGUAUAUUGGAACUAACUGUGAGACAGCACAAAAUCCAUGCAGCACCUACCCUUGCCAAAACGGUGGUACAUGCACUCGAACUGGUUGGACGACAUACACUUGUACAUGUCCACCUCCGUAUAUUGGAACCAACUGUGAGCUAGGUGGUCCAUGUAGCCCCGACCCUUGUGAAAAUGGUGGUACAUGCGUACAAUUUCAUUCGACAACACACUUUUGUCAGUGUAUCUUUCCGUAUACUGGACGUAACUGUGAGACAAACCUGAUUACAGUUAGAUGAAUAUUCACCCAACAUUGGAAGAAAGAAGGAAAAGAAUUAGAUCAGCAUGAUGAAUUUAAAAUAAUUGAAAAGCAUUUAUAGACAAUAUGACUAUUUUGGUCGAUGAAAAAAGAAUGCAUAUGCACUUGGUAUAAUGAUUUUAAUAAAAGUAUUGGUAACCUCAGUUUUAAUAAACCUUCCGUACACAUUA